AUGCCUGAUUUGGGUCUUCUAAGAUGUGUAAAUGCUGAAGAGGCUUCAACAAUCAUGAUUGAAGUACACUCAGGAGUUUGUGGACCUCACAUGAAUGAAUAUGUUCUGGCAAAGCAGAUACUUCGAGCAGGUUAUCGCACUACAGUUCGUACAUCAGUGGGUGCCACUCCUUAUUCGCUGGUAUAUGGGAGUGAGGCAGUUAUACCUGCAGAGGUUGAGAUUCCAUCCUUGCAGAUUGUUGUAGAGGCUAAAAUUGAUGAUGAUGAGUGGAUCAGAACACGCUUGGAGCAAUUAAGUUUGAUUGAUGAUAAACGAUUGACAUCAGUAUGCCAUGGACAAUUGUACCAGAAAAGAAUGGCACAAGCAUACAACAAAAAGGUGCGUCCCAGACGUUUCGAAGAGGGUCAAUUAGUGUUGCGACGUAUUCUGCCACACCAGGCUGAAGUCAUAGGCAAAUUUUCUCCAAAUUGGAAAGGACCAUUCAUUGUAAAGAAUGUAUUAUCCAAUGAUGCUCUUUACUUAGCAGAUAUAGAAGGCAAAAUGACAGAAAUGGUCAUCAAUGCUGAUGAUGUGAAGAGAUAUUGUAUAUGA